CCCGCAUAAAUAACUUAUUGUUUCUUUUUUUUUUUCUUAAAUUUCUUUUACACUUUUCGGUUUAUUUAUUUACUUAUUCAUUUGUUUAUAUAUUUUUUUUCAGGUUUUUUUCUAUCAUAUAUAUAUAUAGUUUAAUCCCCCGCCCCCUCUUUCUCAGUGUGAGCGUGCGUACGUGAGCGUGCGAUUGCGAGUGUGCGUGUGCGUGACACAGAGGCUCGGGGCGUCGAAGCGCACGAAUUAACCGAUGGUUGCGUUCCAGUGCCGGGUGAUCCUCAAGACGUGAAAGUGACGCCGAUCAAUUCGACGGCGAUACACGUCGAAUGGAAACCGCCCAAGUCGAAAGAGCAAAACGGCGUGAUCAGAGGUUAUCACAUACACGUGCAAGAAGUGAGGGAAGAGGGGAAGGAUCUGUUGAACGAGCCGAUACGACGCGACGUGCACGAAGGCGUGCUGGAAGUGAACAUUACGGGGUUGCAACCCGACACCAGAUACUCGGUACAAGUGGCCGCUCUGACGAGAAAGGGAGACGGCGAUCGUUCGCCGCCGGUUCACGUGAGAACUCCCGGAGGUGUGCCCAACAGGCCUCACGUUAACGUAAAAGUUUUGUCCCGAGAUCCCGAGAUGCUGGAGCUCGACUGGUCGCAACCCACGCAAACGUACGGCGAUCUAUUGGGCUACAGGAUAAGGUACGGGAUUAAGAAUCAAACGUUGAAGGAGGAAUUUAUACAAGAUAUCCAUCAGCACACGUACAAGAUCACCGAUCUCGGGGAGAGAGGCGUGGAUUACGAGUUCAGAGUGGCCGGACAAAACGCGAUCGGGUUCGGGCAGGAGACGGUACGGUACUGGUUCAGCCCGGAAGGAUUGCCCACCGGCGCCCCGACCAAUUUAUCCUACUUCUUCCAAACGCCGGACACGGUGUGCGUGACGUGGGACAUGCCUCUCCGGGAGCAUAGGAACGGUCAGAUAAUCGGUUACGACGUGCAAUUCAACAAGAAGAACGAUCACUCGACCACGAUUAACCGGAACACGACCAAGACGAGGGCGGUUUUCACGAAUUUGGAGGAGAACACCGAGUACGUGUUCCACGUGAUCGCGCGGACCUCGAGAGGGAGCGGGCCGAUCUCCGAGAAGAUCACGAUCGUGACCGAGAAGGACAUGGGUCGGGCGCCGAUGUCGGUGAAAGCCGUGGCCACCUCGGACACGAGCGUGGAGGUUUGGUGGGAGCCGGUCCCCAACCGGGGCAAGAUCCUCGGUUACCAGAUAUUCUACACGACGACGGCGGUCGAGGAUCUGGACGAGUGGAAGCAAAAGACGAUCGGCCUCACCGAGUCCGCGGAUCUGGUCAACUUGGAGAAAUUCACCCAAUACGCGAUCACGGUCGCGGCGAGGUACAAGACGGGGCUGGGCAGGCUGAGCGAGAAGGUGACGGUGAAGGUGAAGCCGGAGGACGUACCCCUGGAUCUGAGGGCGCCCGACUCGUCCACCCAUUCGAUGACCCUCUCGUGGAAACCGCCGAUACGGUUGAACCCGAUGAACUACAAAGUGUCGUUCGACGCGGUGAAAGAGUUCGUGGACUCGCAGGGGAUCACGCAGACCCAGAUCGUGCCCCGUAGGCAGAUCCUGUUGGAUCCGAGCGUGACCACGACGACGAUAAACGAGCUGCAACCGUUCACCACGUACAACGUGAACGUGAGCGCCGUGCCGAGGGACGGCCAGUACAGGCCACCUGCGAAAAUCACCAUCACCACGCAAAUGGCGGCCCCCAAGCCGAUGGUCAAGCCGGAUUUCUACGGCGUGGUGAACGGCGAGGAGAUCCAGGUGAUAUUGCCCCAGGCGUCCGAGGAGUACGGUCCGAUCUCCCACUAUUACCUGAUCGUGGUGCCCGAGGACAAGUCGACGGCCGACAAGCAGCCGGACGAGCUCACCGAGGACAUGAUCGCUGGCAAGGGGGCCAAGCAGGAGAGGGAGAACGCCCCGUACAUUGCGGCCAAAUUCCCCCACAGAGAUAUUCCGUACACGUUCCAUCUCGGUAGCGGGGAUAUAUACGACGGUUACGAGAAUCGUAGACUCGAGAAGAACAAACGAUACAGGAUUUUCGUCCGUGCCGUGGUCGAUACGCCGAGAAAGCAUUUGUACACCUCGUCCCCUUUCUCCGAAUACUUGUCCCUGGACAUGAGGGAAGUACCGCCCGGCGAGCCACCUCGACGUCCCAAUCCCAACACCCCGGUCGAUGGAAAUCCGGAAGUGUCGGUGAAAACGAGCGGGCAAGAGCCGGGAAUGGUGUGGGUGGUCGGGCCGAUAAUAGCCGCUCUAAUGGUCAGCGUGUUCCUCGUCCUUCUUUUCGUCAUUAAAAAACGAAGACAACCGUGCAAAACACCGGAUCAGGCGGCCGUCACCCGGCCAUUGAUACCCGCCGACAUCAGUUCGAAUCACGCCCCAUCCGAUCCGGUCGAGAUGCGCCGUUUGAAUUUCCAAACGCCCGGCAUGGUGUCCCAUCCGCCGAUCCCGAUCACCGAGCUGGGCAAUCACAUCGAACGGUUGAAGGCGAACGACAAUCUCAAGUUCAGCCAGGAGUACGAGUCGAUCGAGCCCGGCCAACAAUUCACGUGGGACCACUCGAACAUGGAGGUGAACGCGUCGAAGAAUCGUUACGCGAACGUGAUCGCGUACGACCACUCGAGGGUGAUUCUCCAAACGAUCGACGGUAUGUCGGGGACGGAUUACAUAAACGCCAACUACUGCGACGGAUACAGGAAGCAGAACGCGUACGUGGCGACGCAGGGCCCGCUCCAGGAAACGUUCGGAGAUUUCUGGAGGAUGUGCUGGGAGUUGAGGUCGAGCACGAUCGUGAUGAUGACGAAACUGGAGGAGAGGACGAGGAUAAAGUGCGACCAGUAUUGGCCGAGCCGAGGAUCCGAGACCUACGGUUUGAUGACGAUCGCGAUCACCGAUGUCCAGGAAUUGGCCACCUAUUGCAUCCGAACGUUUCAAUUAUCGCGAGCGGGCUACUCCGAGAGGCGGGAGAUAAAGCAGUUGCAGUUCACCGCGUGGCCGGAUCACGGCGUGCCCGAGCAUCCCGCCCCCUUCCUUCAAUUCUUGCGCAGGGUCAGAUCGUUGAACCCGGCCGACAGCGGCCCGUUGAUCGUCCACUGCAGCGCCGGGGUCGGGCGGACCGGUUGCUUCAUCGUCAUCGACUCGAUGCUCGAGAGGAUCAAGCACGAGAAAAUGAUCGACAUAUACGGCCACGUCACUUGUUUACGCGCCCAGAGGAACUACAUGGUCCAGACCGAGGAUCAGUACAUAUUUAUACACGACGCGCUUUACGAGGCCGUGAUCUGCGGCAACACCGAGGUACCUGCCAGAAACUUGCACUCCCAUAUACAGAAAUUGAUGCAGCCCGAGAUCGAGAGUAUCACCGGGAUGGAGUUGGAGUUCAAGAAAUUGUCCAACAUCAAGGUGGACUCGUCCCGUUUCAUCUCGGCCAAUCUUCCCUGCAACAAGCACAAAAAUCGAUUGGUGCACAUCCUGCCGUACGAGUGCACCAGAGUUUGCCUCCAACCCCAACGGAACAUCGAAGGAUCCGAUUACAUAAACGCGAGUUUGAUCGACGGUUAUCGAUACCGAGGCGCUUACAUAGCCACCCAGGGGCCCCUUUGCGACACGACCGACGAUUUUUGGCGAAUGCUCUGGGAGCACAACUCGACCAUCGUUGUCAUGCUGACGAAAUUAAAGGAGAUGGGCAGGGAGAAGUGUCAUCAGUACUGGCCGUCCGACAGGUCGAUCCGUUACCAAUGCUUCGUGGUCGAUCCGAUCGCCGAGUACAACAUGCCCCAAUACAUUCUGCGGGAGUUCAAAGUGACGGAUGCCCGGGACGGGGCCAGUCGUACCGUCAGACAAUUCCAGUUCAUCGAUUGGCCCGAGCAGGGUGUUCCAAAGUCCGGGGACGGGUUCAUCGACUUCAUCGGCCAAGUGCACAAAACGAAGGAGCAGUUCGGCCAGGACGGGCCGAUCACCGUGCAUUGUAGCGCCGGCGUUGGGAGAACCGGCGUUUUCAUCACUCUCAGCAUCGUGUUGGAACGCAUGCAGUACGAGGGGGUGGUCGAUAUUUUCCAAACAGUGAGAAUAUUGCGCACCCAACGACCAGCCAUGGUUCAAACCGAGGAUCAAUAUCAAUUCUGUUAUCGCGCCAGUUUGGAGUAUUUGGGUUCUUUCGAUCAUUACGCCAACUGACAACCCGAUACUCGCGAGGAAAGGGAAUCGACGACGAGGGACAGACGAGAUCGACAAAGGAACGAGAGGGACGGGGAACGGGCAAAAGUGCGCCGCGUUUAAUUAAUUUUACCGAUUAAUUGACUUGAGAAAAAGUAUGUAAGUUUGUAAGUAUGAUAUAAAGCCUGUACCACGUGUUUCCACGUACGGCAAAACGUACUAUACGUAGUACCUUCCAAUGACAAAUACAGUAGAAAGGCGAUAAAUUAUUAAUCUGUCGAGCAACUGUACAACCAAGUAGUAACCAAAUAUCUUAUAGUCAAUGGUGUCGCGACAAGUCUCGAGAUACGCGGAAACGAGUUUCGCUUUUAUCGGCGCGGUUACGCGCGUUAAAUUAACCGAUUUCCAUUCAAAAAUUUCCAAA